CUUCUUUCUUCCACAAAACAUCUCCCAAAAAUGGCAGCCAAGCUACUAACAAUCCUUCUUGUUGGGGCCCUUUGCGGAGCUGCAGUGGCUCAGAACUGUGGGUGUGCCUCAGACCAAUGUUGCAGUAAGUUCGGGUACUGUGGCACCGGCAAUGACUACUGUGGUAACACUUGCCAAUCGGGUCCUUGUUAUUCAAGUGGCGGCAAUGGUUCUUCCGGUGGGGGCAGCUCGGUUGCUGAUAUUGUGACACAGGCAUUUUUCGAUGGGAUAAUUAAUCAAGCUGCUUCGAGUUGUGCUGGGAAGAAUUUCUACACCCGUGCAGCGUUUCUUAAUGCCUCGAAUUCGUAUUCUCAGUUCGGCAACGAUGGUUCUGCCAAUGGUACUAAGCGCGAGAUUGCAGCUUUCUUUGCCCAUGUCACACACGAGACUGGACACUUUUGUUAUAUUGAAGAAAUCGAUGGUGCCUCUCAUGACUAUUGUGAUUCAAACAAUACCCAAUAUCCAUGUGCGGCCGGGCAGAAGUACUUUGGCCGUGGACCACUCCAACUAACAUGGAACUACAACUAUGGUGCUGCUGGAAACAGCAUUGGAUUUGAUGGUUUGGGCAACCCUGGAAUUGUUGCAACUGACGUGCUUAUUUCAUUCAAGACUGCAUUGUGGUUUUGGAUGAACAAUGUUCACUCUGUCUUAGACCAAGGUUUUGGAGCCACGAUUCGAGCCAUCAAUGGUGCUGUCGAAUGUAAUGGUGGAAACACGCCUGCUGUUAAUGCACGCGUCGGGUAUUACAAGGACUACUGUAGUCAGCUCGGGGUUUCACCUGGUGACAACCUCACUUGCUAAUAAGUUUUAUGUAUACAAACUCCAACUGAGUUAUAUAUAUGGAGGGUAUACGUAAACCAUGAGAAGAAUAAAGAGUUACGUGGUAUGAGACCCUUAGUAGGGCUUUUGCCAUAUUAUGCUGCGUGUAGUCUUUGAAGUACUUUUGACAACAUGACAAAUGAUUUUUAUUGUGAAAUCAUAUUGUUAUAAUGUCCUUCCGUUAAUGAAUAAAAGUUAUAUUGUUUAAUACUAU